GCGUUGAAGUAGUCAAAUUCGGAGUCGUCGUUCAGUAGAGCUUAUCCAGCGUCCAACCUUUCCUUCUCCGAUUCUUCCUCUGUUCCUCAUCCCCCAACUCCCAUCUGAAGAUCUUCAAAUCAGCCUCGGUCGUUGACCAAUCGAGCAAUGGACUCGCCCGCCGCCGAAACCGAAGAAUGGACGCUCGUCGAUGCAGAAGACGCAACCUCUUUCCCUGAUGCGACUGCAGAUUCUCGUUUCAAAAUUGGGUCAUCUGGCAUCUCGAUCUGGACUUUGUGGGCGGUCGGAUCGGUGAUAGAUUUUGCUGUUCCCCUGUACAGAAGAAUUUUAGGAACAGAAGAUGCUAUAGAGAAGACUGCUGAGAGCACUGCAGAAGCUGUGGAGAAGAUAGCUAAGAUAGCAGAAGAAGUAACGUCUGCCAUCGCCAAUGGACUCCCUGAUGGCGUAAGGCUCAAGAAGACCGCUUUGCAGAUGGAAGAGAUUUGCGAAAUUGUUGACAAGGACGCAGUAAAAGCUGAAGCCUUUAUUCAGAAGGUUGAUCAUAUGAAAGUGCAGGUAGAUGCAGUGAUUGAGCCCAUCAUUGAAAAAGCAGAAGAACUAGAGAAAGAAAUCCGAGAAAAGGAGACCGAGCCAAAUGCUGUUCCUGAUCAGGCAAACUAGUUGCUUGAUAUAUCAAUGAAUGAUGGUCAUUAAAAUUCAGAAACUCGUCAUUGUUCGAUGCUCGCAUGUCCUCAACUUUCUGUACAUAGAUUUAGCUUUGUACUCAAGAUUGUAAAUAAUUGGGAUGUCUAAGUUAAUUUGCAUUGAAUGCUAAAGUUGUGUGGCGAAUGGUAGAUGCAGGAACAAGCUUGAACUAUUCAGUAAUUGGCAUUGGAAUAUAUAUUGUUUGCACUUUUAGAUACAA